CGCGCGUUCUCGAGUUGGUCGCUCACAAAUCUUAUCGAGCAGGAGAAGAGAAUAUAGCUGAUAUAUCGAGCGAAUUUCAGGUUUGAAGCGUGCCGCGAAUACGGUUUCGAUCCUGCGCUCUUCGCUUUUUCGAGGCGUUCGAUCAGGCCGCGAGACAUCCAUUUUGACAGUACGACGGCAAGAUUGUGUAGAACACACGGAACAGUCAUACGCCUAUUUUCGUUGGUUAUCAAGAGGCGUGUGGAUUUCACGUUACAGUCGUGCAGAAGAUAAUUCGUAUACAUUUCCGUACGUUAUCUCACACAGAGUACCUUUAAGAGUAUACGGCGUGGGUGCGGCGCAUCAUGGCGGUGGAAUCAAGAUGGAUGCCAUGUCAGUUGAAAAUUGAAACGAAUAUCUGCAGCGGCGAAUACGAUGGCAUUAUUCUGGUGUCAGGAAGUACCCCUGGAUCCAACGAGCCGGAACCCUUCAAAACCGUCCUCUAUACUGCGGCCCAGAUCGAUGCUGCACUGGGCGUGAUCGGCGCGGUUUUGCCCAUCAAUUUGCUCGCAAAAAGGCUCAUUUACAGCCCAACGGGUCCGCUUAACAUGGAUUAUCACGAUGUGCGGAGUUUCGCAGAGGCAGCCACGAAGGGAAUAAAACGGGCUUUAAAAGCUGGCGUAAAAUGUCCUUUGUUGGUACUACUGCCAGAUGAUCGUUUUGAAAACGUUGAGCUAGUCACUCUUCUUGGUGCUUUGGAGGGUCUCUACGUGCCUUUGGAAGUACGUGAGAUAGGUCCGGAUCGAUGCUACAAAGCGUGUCAACUCGGAGUGUGGAGUCCGAUUUGCAGUAAGAAGCUUCAGGGUAUCGUGAAACUGGUCUCGGCGCUCGAGAGUGGCAGAUACGUCGCAAGGGACAUCGGUGGUGCAGACCCUGAAAGAAUGGCUCCCUCGAGAGUGGAGGAAUACCUGGCGGAGCUGUUUUGCGGAUCGAAUGUCACGAUGCAAGUGAUAUCCGAUCAGGAUACGUUACUUCAGGAAUACCCACUAUUCGCUUGUGUAAAUCGCGCCGCCUCAGUAAUACCGCGUCACGCCGGUAGAAUUAUAUUUUUGACUUAUGAGCCGCCCACUUGCGUCUUGGAGACGAUCUUGAUCGUGGGGAAAGGUGUCACUUAUGAUACCGGUGGCGCCGACAUCAAGUGCCAGGGCAUCAUGGCUGGCAUGUCGAGGGAUAAAUGUGGCGCGGCCGCUUGUGCGGGAUUCAUGCAGGUAGUGAAUUUAUUGCAACCGCCAACAGUAAAGGUCGUCGUCGCUUUGUGCGUUGUAAGAAAUAGUAUAGGCGAGAACUCUUAUGUCGCUGAUGAGGUAAUCACGGCAAAAUCCGGUGCGAGGGUACGUGUGGGCAACACGGACGCCGAGGGUAGAAUGGCUAUGGCCGAUGCUCUCUAUUAUCUCAAAGAAAUGGCCUUAUGUUCUGUGAAUCCUCAUCUCUUCACAAUAGCUACGUUAACAGGCCACGCAGUAUUAACUGCAGGUUCAGGAUAUUCCAUUGCUAUGGAUAAUGCUGUGGCACGACUAGCUAGUAAUGCAGAAAAGCUUCAAGCUUCCGGCGAAGCUGUUGGCGAUCUAUUCGAAAUAUCGCGAAUACGUAGAGAGGAUUUUCUUACCCAUCAAGGGCGUGCAGAAGGUGACGAUAUUCUUCAAGCACUAAAUCAACUUAGUUCCAAGAUUCCGCGAGGUCAUCAGGGACCAGCCGCUUUUCUAAUUAAAGCUUCCGGAUUAGACAAGCACGGUAUUGAAUCAGAGAAGCCAUUAAAAUAUUGUCACGUGGACAUAGCCGGCAGUGCCGGUGAUUUUCCCGUACAACCAACUGGAUCACCAAUUUUAGCAUUAACCAAAAUGUUUCUUUUUGAUCAAAUAGAGAACAAAAAUCAGUAAAGCUGACGUAAACUAUGAUAUUUUAUAUAUUAUAUAUAUCU